AUGACCAACACUACCAGUAACACAACUACAACAGACCCCAACAAAUGGGCCUCCUUCGGCUUCACCACCUCCUCGACGGACCGCCUCGGGCUCCCAGCCCCCUACACCACCACCCCCCUCCAAAUCAACCUCUUCUUCCGCGUCUUCCUCGGCCUCCUCUCCCUCUUCAUAACCUGGGUGCCCGCCCGGCUCCUCUGGCGCAACGGCGAAUUCGCCGGCACCGUCCUCUGCACGACCCUCCUGGUCCUCAACCUCAUCACCGUCAUCAACGCCCUCCUCUGGCGGGAUAAUGAUGUGAGUACCUGGUGGUCUGGUGAGGGCUGGUGUGACGUGAUGAACUAUACGUAUUUUCCUCUGCAUACGGCGUUUAAUAUUUGUAUGUUUGAGAUUAUGCGCGGGUUGGCGGGGAAGGUGGCUCUGAGACGGGCGGUGCAGCCGACGAGGGGGGAGAGGCAGCGGCAGAGGGUGGUGUCGGCCGUGGUGAUUUUUGGGGUGCCGGUUGUGCAGGCGGUCAUGACGUAUUUUGUGACGUUUGGGAGGUAUAAUGUGGGAACGUUGGUGGGUUGUGCUGCGGUGUAUUAUCCCGGGUGGAUGUAUUUGGUGGUGUAUAGCCUGCCCACGCCGGUGUUUGCUGUGCUGGCGGCUUACUACGCGGCCCUCACAUUCUACCGCUACCGCAAAAUCGAAGCCGUCACGCGCGACAUCGCCCAAUCCCACGACGGCCUCGCCGCCGCCCGGCAAGACCGCGUCCGCAAGAAGCUCUACUUCAUGACGCUGGUAUGCAUCGUCGUCGUCCUGCCCCUAGUCAUGGUCCUCCUCUUCGUCAACAUCGCCGUCGGCAGCCCCUGGACGCUACCCUACGACUUCGACCUGCUGCAUUUCGGCCCGGACCCUUACAACGACGCCUUUAUUUCCUUCACGACUACCGACCGGAUUGCGUUUACGACACUUAAUCUGGGGUAUGUGGCGGAGCUGUCGGGGAUUGUGGUGUUUUUCCCGUUUGGGACGACCCCUGAGGCGCUGAAUAUGUAUCGCGCGAUGUUGGUGGGGGUUGGCCUGGGGACGGUGUUUCCCAGGCUUAAGGACGAGUAUGUGCCCCGUCCUUCGAAGAAAUCUGGGGGUGUGGCGGGUACUGGAUGGGUGAUUAGCUGGAACUCGCUGGCUACUACCCUGAGGGGACGUGCCAGCACCUCCUCCAUCCGUAAAGACAGCCUCCUCCCAAGAGCAACCGACCAAAUCUCCCUCGCCACCCGAACCGACCACCCCGACCGCCUUCCCUCUUCCUCCUCCUCGUCUUCCCCCAAUCCCCAACAACCCCCAGAUCUCACCAUGAGCGGAGCAAGCGUAACCCGUCCCGAAAACGCCGUGCUUCAUCCGUCCCACAACCACGACGACGACGACACCAACAACGACAACAACCCCUGGCCGGAUCUCCCACCCGCCGAUCUCGACAGGGCAACCGCUCAGAUUGGGGUUGUGCGUCCGCUGCAGCGGAAUCCUUACGCUGGGUUAGGGACGGCAGCCCAGUUUUCUGUUGUUCGUGGGGCGUCAGGCCCCCUUUUCACGGAAAGGGGUACGCAGCAGCAGCAGCAGCAGCAGCAGAAACCGCAUCAAACAACACAUCAAACUUCCUCAUGGACCGGCACCAUCACCAGCAGCAGCAGCAGCCAAUCGUCGUCAUUGACGCCUUCGCUGUCUACGCAGUCAGGGGUACCGCCCCUGGGCGUGGAUACCCGUGUGUGGGCUGAACCGGUGCCGACCCCUUUUCGUUUGGCUGCGGCGGAGGCUGCUACGGUUGAGACUACGAUUACGAUGGCGUCGAUUUGUCAGCCGCAGCAGCAACAACAGCAACAACAGCAACAACAGCAGUGGAAGUGA